AUGUCGAAUUUGAGUUUCUUCAAGUUCAAUUAUAGCUUCUCAUGGAAACCCUCCUCUUCACGCAAGAAUGUAGCCAAGAAGAACAGCUUCAUAUCAAGACAGACAUCGAUUGAAGGACAGAGUUUCCAACCAAAAGAAGAGGAAAUGAAAUGGGUGUUCCAGAAAUUUGACACCAACAAAGAUGGCAAGAUCUCACUUCAAGAGUACAAGGCUGCUGCAAGGGCCUUGGAUAGUGGCAUUGGGGAAGCUGAAGCAGUCAAGGCUUUUAGGGUGAUGGACUCUGAUGGAGAUGGUUUCAUUGACUUCAAAGAGUUCAUGGAGAUGUUCUAUGGAGAGGAUAGGAUAAAAGAAACGGAGAUCAAGAAUGCGUUUCAAGUGUUUGAUUUGAACGGUGAUGGGAAGAUUAGUGCUCAGGAGUUGUCCCAAGUUCUCAAGAGGCUAGGAGAGAGUUGCAGCCUUAGUGCAUGCAAAAAAAUGGUCAAAGGGGUGGAUCAAAAUGGAGAUGGUUUUAUUGACUUGAACGAGUUUACAAGGAUGAUGAUGAGUGGGAAGAAACUAGGCUAA